UUCGAUAAUAAGAUGUUACGUUUGUUUCCGGUGAACAACAUGGAAAUUGGGAUUUAUUGUUGAGUCAAAUUUAGCCGUUUUUCUUUAACUUCAUCUUCAAUUAUCUCAUGGUAAGCAAAGAUUUAAGGGUCCAAGCUCUCUUGCUACAACUGGAUGAAACAUGUUCCACGUAUUGUAAGGAUAAAACUGAAGUCACAAUAGUGAAAUUUUAUUACUUCCGAACUUUAUAAAAUGGCAGCAAGGACAAAAGACAAAGCCGUGCAAGACUUCGAUAAUCAACAUAGAGAAUUGAACAAGCAACUUGGGGACCAACUGAAGUUUUUUGAUGCAAGAACCGAGAGCAAAUUAUCAAUAUUGACUGACUACCAGGAUUUUUACAAACGUCUUGGCGAAGUUGAGUUGGAGUAUGCAAGAAACUUGGAAAAGACUUCUGAAAGAUUUUAUGACCGUGUGAAGCAAAAGUUGGCAAAAAAGGAGAAAAUGAACACAGUGGACAUUUUUGGAAGGAUGAUACAAGACUUCAAGCAACGAACAAAAAACAGAUUAUUUAUUGCGACAAGAGUGACAGAGAAUAUGGUGAAUCGAUUUGCAAAUCUCAUCGACGAUGUUCAAAGAGUUAAUAAGAGGUGCCGAGAAACUUCUCUCACGCUACAGGAAGAGUUCACAAAGCAACUAAAUGAACUAAGUAAUAAACAACGCCGGUAUCACGUGAUGCAGACCGACAGUAAGCAAGCUGAAACCAAGUUAAAAGCGGCCGAAGUAGCUCAAAAGAAGCUACAGGCCCCGAGAAAGAAAGCAAGCGUGAAAAGAGCUAAAAAUGCAGACAAACAGAGAGAAAAGUAUCAUACACGUUACACAGAAGCCAAAAAGAAAGCCAUGCGUGCCCGAAACGAGUACAUUCUCUGUCUUGAAGCAACAAACGCUUUUGUGAAGAAAUACUUUGAUCAAGAUAUUUAUGAUGUUUUGGAGUGCUAUGAUCACAACUAUCAACAAGCGUUCCAACGGGCCAUGGACUAUUACACCUCCAUGGAGAUCCAAACCGCGAAACUCUUGCAGAAGGAUUUGGUGACUUUGAAGGAUAACGUGAAAGCGAUGGAUACUGGGAAGGAGAGAACAAGGAUCGCGUUGGAUAAUCCAAACGCAUUUCAAUACGCAGCAAAGUUUGAAUUCAUUAACCAUUCAGAGGAUGAGGUAUGUCAGAUCACUAUUCAAGACGACACUUUAGAUGAACUUCAUGCUGAUGUCGAAGAAAGAUUGAAAACCGCAAAAUCAGAAACGGAAGAGAUAAAUAAAAAUCUUGAAGUGGCGAAGGAAACAUUGCGAAAUACUUACGACAAAUUAGAUAAAGAACUGAGCGCUAGUUUUAGCAACGAGAAAGGUGCCAACGCUGGUGUUGAAACAUCCGCCAGCAAAAUUAACCGCGAAGACUCCGAAGAUUAUUAUUUAUCUAAAUUUAAAGAAUUGAUCAUGACUAGCUCCGUUAGAACAAGACUACAAGCGAAGUAUACCGUACUACAGAAAACACUGGGUAUUUAUACUUUUAUUUUAACUUCUUCUUAUACAGAAAACACUGGACAUUUAUACUUUUAUUUUAACUCCUUAUACUGUGAAAACACUGGACAUUUAAGGCUACCUCAGCUACCGAUGAAACCUACGGCCAAGACUCAAAAGAUGAUACAAAGCGCGCAUAAGAAAUAUCAGCUGUUUGGCAGCAAAUUGGAGGAUCACAUCCAGGUAACGGGUCGCGAUGUUCCCGAAAUCGUUGAAAGCUGUGUUCGAUUCAUUAAGAAAUUUGGCAUGGAGCAUCAGGGAAUAUUUCGCGUGCCUGGCUCUAGCACAGAAAUCAAUGAUCUAAAGGAGGCAUUUGAAAAUGGUCGUGAUCCUUUGGCCGGAUUAAAUCAUUGGAAAGAUAUCAACGCAGUUGCUGGUGUUCUACGCUGUUAUUUCCGAGAAUUAGAAGAACCUCUUUUCCCAAGAGUACAUUACCAAGAAUUUAUUGAAGCUAGCCGAAUUUACGACAUAGAUGAACAAGCUCGUCAAUUGAACCACUUGAUAAAGAAAUUACCCGAUGCUGUCGUUCAUGUCAUGAGAUUCUUGUUCAACUUUUUGUCCCAAAUCCCAAGGUAUAAAGAAAGGAACAAAAUGGACGCUCAUAACCUGGCUGUUGUAUUUGGGCCCACGUUGAUUCGUGUGUCCGAGGAAGACGACAUGAUAUCGCUUCAGGGGCACUUUAACAAAGUCAUCGAAACCAUAAUAAAAUGCUUUGACGUCGUUUUUGACGGAGAGGGAGUUGAUGCCGUCGAUAAUGAUGAGGAAGAAUCACGUCAAACUGAGGACGAAAUCAGCCGAUAUGAAACGGAUAGUGACGAAGAGGUUGAACCACGAGAUGCAAAAGCUUUGUACGACUAUCGUGCCAGAUCAGACAGAGAACUGUCGUUCAAGAAAGGUGACAUCAUACAAGUAUUUAAACGAUCUAAUGAUGACUGGUGGGAUGGAUCUCUAGAUGGUCUCGAUGGUUUUGUACCAUGUGCGUAUGUACAGCUUCUGGAAGAAGAUCAUGUUGAUGGUUACUCGCCUGACUCCAUUAGCUCACCAAGUUUGACCUUUAACCAUGACAUACCACCUGUAGCAGACCCUCUAUCUUCCCCCACCCCACGAUCCCCUUCAACGCCCGAUGCCAAACCUGUCUAUGGAAUGACACAAACGCAAAAUCAGAUGUCGUUUCAACUUCACCCAAAGACAUCUUCUGAUAGUAGUCCUGGGAUUUCUCAUUUUUCUUCCUUCAAAAGAGGCUCCUUCAAGCUGCCACAGCAAACCAUGUCUCCUACUCAAUCGCCGUCGAACUCUCUCGACCGUUCGCGAAGUCUUACCGAGAAAAGAUCUGUGACACCAGAAGAUAGGAAUCGGACAGCGUCGUUGCCGAGGUCGAGUGCGCCUUUGGAGACUAACAAUGAAUCACCCAUACCAGUGGGACUACGAGGUGUUGCAGAAGGGAGUUCAGGUGGUGAACCCGCAAGUCAUAAGUCACAAACUGCCCGCCCUCCUCCACCUAAACCUAAGCCCAAACCCAAAGUGCCAAAACGCCUUUCUAAUCCUUCGACUGAUCUCAUAGCAAGCCUGCAAGCAGGCACAGCGGCGCGCAGUGCCCGCCAUGACAGUCAAGAUGAGAUGAGUGAAGUGGACGAUCUCCCCCCACCACCUCCAUAUCAGCGCGAGAUUAUUGGUGGGGUUUCCCCUCCACCGCGAUCACCUGUUGGAAAGCAAGACACGUUCUUGUGAAUACUUGUGAAGAAAUUAGUGUAUUCGAUUGAAGAUAGUUUGUUAUUCUCAAAAUUCUGUCGCCCGUUGUUUGACUUGUUAUCGGGCAAUUCAGUGAUUGUUUUAUAAACUGAGCAUUUUUAGAGAUUGCAUUCACGGAAAAUAUAAUUUUUUGAUCAAUUCUCCAUCAUUAGUUUCACAGAACGUAGAAUUUGUGUAAAAUGCCGAAAAUUAUUCUAAUUCUAGUGUUCGUACAUACGAGAUUGAAAAUAAAAAAUAUUUCUAGUUUUUAUCAUUGAAA